AUGUCUCGAGUCAUCUCAAAAGUGACAACUUACUUCAAACAACAUUCAACUGCGGAAUGGAAACAUUAUUUUCUUUCCACCCAUUUCUGGGGUCCAGUUGCCAAUUGGGGACUUCCGUUAGCUGCUCUCGGAGAUUUGAAGAAAAACCCUGACAUGAUCAGUGGCCCAAUGACAUCAGCUCUUCUGAUCUACUCGAGUGUCUUCAUGCGUUUCGCAUGGCAUGUUCAGCCACGAAACCUCCUCCUUUUCGCCUGCCAUCUUGCCAAUUUCAGUGCUCAAGGAGCUCAGGUAAAUCUAUUCAUUUGCUUUUUAUUUUUAUCAGUUUUAGCAAAAACUUUUCAGCUGGGACGUUUCAUAAACCACAACUAUCUUCACUAUGUCGAGGACCCAGUUCAUCACAAAUUGAUGGUAAAAAAAGAAAUUUUGGAACAUGAACAUGAAAUCGAAAUCAAAAAAGCCCAUUGA